UAGAACCAAUCAUUUAGCUCAAGAGAGGGUGAAUGUCAGAGUUGGUUAGGAAUUUCUCUCUUGACAGGUGUCCAAUAUGAAGCUUCUAGUGCUGCUUAUUGGUUUUACCUCGGUGUUCAUUGUGGAUGGACUGCUUGAUUUUAACACUAAUAGGACUGUUGUUACUCCGUGUGGAAACGUGACCAACCACGAAGACAAUUUUGGUCUGAUGUCUUACAAGAAGAUUCAAAAGAAACUUGUCAUCCGCUGUGCACAAGGAUUCACGUUCGCAAGUCAAGCAGCCAUAAAGUGUAAUGUCACUUCUAAGACUUGGAUAGGUCUUGGAAAGCUUUCUUGCAAAAAAGGUAACCUAAACAGCUGUCCAUCAAUUAGCGGAGUCGGCGCGUGCGUAGAGAGCUGUCAAAAUGACUCAUCUUGCAACGAUAAAACCAAAAAAUGCUGCUCCAAUGGAUGUGGACAUACGUGUGUUACUAGUGUUGCCAAGGGGAGAUGUGCAAGCAAAAACAAAAAAUAUAUGCAGGUCAUGGAGUCAUCUAAGUGCUCAAGUGAUGAUCAACUGUAUUGGUGUGCAGGUUACUAUGCAAAUGUAACCGAAAACUGUUUAGGGCUAUUGCUCAGAAGAAUGAAUGAUCUCAUCAAUAUUAUGAACAAAAAAGACAUUGCUAUUAUGUUGAGAUCUCCAGGGUUCAGUAAGAACUUAAUGUCAAAGAUGGAUAUUAUGAACAGCAAGACUAUUGAUCUUAUUGCCAGCUCCUUGUCUACAAACCAACUCAAGGACGUUCUCGACGACUUAAAGAUUGAAGUUCUGUUGCGUAUCCGCAACAAACUCGUACAAAGAUCCAUAAUAAAAAUGAUAAUGAAAAUCUAUGGUAAAGACGCUCGUGCAUGGCCAGAAGAAGCGGUUAAGAACAAGGAAAUAAUCUUGUGUUGGCUUCAUCCAAAAAUGAUCGCCGACCUCACGAAAAACGUUAAAUGGAAAACCAUCAUAAGAAGUGUUGUGAAUCCUAAGAUCAUCUCGUGCAUAGCAGGAAAUGUUCAAGUAAGAAACAGGCUUGUCAAGGUAUUCAAUAAUGACUGCAGCAAAUGGACAGCCGAUGAUCUCUCUAAGUUAAAUCAGUUUAUCGUUAUUGUAAGCCCUCGCUGUAUUUCCAAGAUACCAACACAACAGAUUUGCAGUGUAAGGGCAAUGCUGGGUCAAAGCUCCAUAUUUGUACAUCACAUUCCGUUGGCAAGAAAGAUUUUAGGAAAGAUGACGAAGGAAGGCUGCUCAGGCAAAAAGUUUAAAGACUGGAGUGAUUUGGAGAAACAAAGCUUGAACUAUCUGCUUGUUGGUGCAAAGGAACAAUUCAUCGGUCAGCUAUCGAUAGCAAAUAAAGAGAUAUACUUUCUAAUGGCCGACUUGAUAUGUAGAUAUGUACCAAGAGGAGUCAAAAUGGCUAUGCUGAGAAAAUUGAAAGAGGCGAAAAGUCCUGAUAAGUGGACUGGUGAUAACCUCAAAUAUUCCUGGCACUGUAUGGACACGAAGACACUUGAACAAGCAAAGGAUGGUUUUAAGGCACUACUAAAAGAUUCAAGUAUUUCGGAAGAUGAUUGUCAACAAGCAAUGGCCUUGAGUAGCAAUAAUCUUCUGAGGUUGGCCAGAAAGAAAGCUGAAGAAAUUAUUGGAGAGGCAAAAACAUGGAACAGCAAUGUGGGCUGCCGCCGGGCACUUCGUGAUUACACUACCACACUAGCUGAAGCUUUUAAUCGAGGUUCUGCUGGCCUCAAGGAAUACGUGAAUUUUCAAAUAAAGCGAUUAAAGCAAGCAGCUCGUAGAGCGAAACGACGCAGAAAUCGAAGACGCUUCUUUUUGGCUCUUUGGAAAGUUGGUGAAGCAAAUUUUAACAUAUUUCUCUCAGAAAUCAAUCGUAAUAUGGUCAAAAAUAACAACGGAAUAAAACUUUUCAUUGAUCUGGGAUUAAAUGUUGAUUCUGUUGAUACUGAGAAGUUGAGAGAAGCACGAUCCCAGCUGGAGAUUGACGACAGUGUGGCCAGAUUUGUGGUGUCCAUUUACGUGAAACAAAAGCAAAGUCUCAACGAGGACGAUCUGAAUGCUAUGGGUGACAAUCUUUGCAAGGGCGUUACACAGAAACAUAUUAAAGACAACCUACAAGAUUUGGGUUCUGUUAAAAAGAUGUUGGGGUGUCCAGGCAUUUCUGAACCAAUGCGUGCAGCACUCCGUGAAAAAUUUAACAAGCUGAAAGGUACUAUUGAUACUGAAACUAUCUGUACAUUUGGGCCUUCGACCGCCUUCCUUCCCGUGGAAACUUUGAAGAAACUUCCAGACGAUGUAGGAGAUGGAUGUUCGUGGAUUGAACAAGCUGGCCAAGCUGACCCAAGACAAUUAGGCAGAGCAGCAUUAGAGGCCUUGAAAACUCAGGCUUUAACUAAGAUGCCAGACGAGAUUAAUCGUGAAAAUAUAGAGAAAUUGGGGAGUCUUGUCAUGGGUUUUAAAAAGGAAGACGUUUCAAGGGUAGCGAAAGACGCCAUACCGGACGCUAUGAAAGUGUUUAACAGAUUUGGAGAUGGCGAUGGACAAGUUGUAAAAGAAUUUCUCAAGAAAUUGGGAAAACCUGAUGCGGACGCCAUUCAAACUAUUGGUAAACAGUUUGGAAAACUUUCUGAGGAUGCAAUCAAGGAAAUUAACAAGGAUGAUUUUUGCGCAAAUAGAGAAGACUUAGUCAAACACAACUACUCUCCUGAGAUAAGAAAAGCAGUCAAAGAGAAAUUUCAACAAUGUACUUCUUCAAGAAAACGCCGAAAUACAGAUCCUUCGGCCAUGACUUCUGAGCAAGUUCUCAGCCAGGGAACAUUGCUUACAGCUGAUGAAAUAAAGAAGAUCAAAUUUUCUGUGUAUGUUGAAAUAGCCAAAGAAAUUGGCGAGAGAGAAUAUGGACCAGAUCAAAAAGACGUUUUAGAAGCUUGGGCUUCCGUGGCCAAAAACGGCGAUGCAUCCAAGAUGGAGGCUUCCCUAAUUGAGAAUCUUGGUGCUGUAUGUCGCGGCUUCAGCGCUGAUGAUAUCGGAAAAAUGAACUUUGCAAAUGACGAUGCCAUCGGAGGAUGCUCUCAAAAGGGACUUUCAAGAGACCAGAUUAACAAAGGACUGAAACGAAUCAAGGAAAUUAAAAAGAAGGAAAUCUCUUCAAUGAGUCGAGAAGACCUUACGGCUUUGGGAUAUUUUGCUAUUGGCAUGACAACCGGUGAAAUUGGAUCCAUACCCAAGGCAGUUUACUCCGAUGUGUAUGAUGCAUUCAACAAGCUAACUGGAUGGGACGAAGCUCAGUUAGUGAAACUUAAGGAAAGGCUUGUUGAAAUCAAAGGUCCAAUCGCUAGUUGGGAUGAGGCUGACUUCACAGAAGCGAAUGCAGCUGUUGGCGGAUUUACAGAAUCCGAGAUCAAGUCUCUAUCAAAGGAAUCCAUACAAGCAAUUCCUGUGGAGGGUAUUAGUUCAAUACCACCAAGCAAAAUGAAGUAUUUUAGUGACGAGCAGCUGAGCUUCCUGUCACCACAACAGUCCAGCGGUCUUACCGAUGAGCAGAAAAGCCAAGUCCCUGAUUAUUGCAAAAAAAUGAACAUGAACUGUCCCAAACCAUCCGACUCAGGUGGUUGUCAAGUUGCCGUGGGAACUGUCACAAUUUUGAUGGUCGCCGUUGCUAGCCUGACAUCACUGUUCUAGAUUGAGUCACGCAAUCUAUAUGCAUGAUUUAGCACUACACGUAGCCGGAUUGUAACAGUGAAAUUUCCGGCUACAUGUUAAUGGACAAUAUUCUACCAAUGCACCCUUUUAAUAAGUCCCUAGGUAUUGAGUUCUCAGCACUUGACGUCAAAUUUAUUCUUUUGAAAUUUUGCAAUACAAAAGGAAUUCAAAAGAAUACAUUUGACGUCAAGUGCGGAGAACACAAUACCUCGCUAGAUACGGGAUAUGAGUCCAUGUCCUAUCAAUAGGGCAACAAUUAAAAGCGUAUUAAAAACUGAAGUAAAAAAUGUUUGCCACUAGCCUUUAAGAUUUUAAUGAAAAACGCAGACGUUUCGGUCAGAACUCUAACCUUCCUCAGUGCGUUGUAAUAAAAGAGCUAAGUUUGCACGCGUAAGUUAACGGGUUGAAAAAAAUUAAAUUACGGACGCGCGAUUUUUACAAGAAUUUAUGAUUGUUCUGUAAGCUACGGGUAUCACAGUUUUGACAUUUCCCGAGUUACAGUCGAGCUCAGAAAACCUCUCAAGCUUCUAAAAAAUUCAGUUUUUAAUAUGACUCUUCCUAGCUGCAAAAUUUUAAAAUAUUUAAUUCAAAGCGUGUUUGCAUCUAAUGAUUGAUAAUAUCUUUAGCUGGUCUAAUGGUUGAUGAUGCAUUCAAUAAAAACGAUUUGCACA